AGCUGUCAACAGCUGACGUUUGUCGCGUGAGGAAAAAGAAAAUAUUAUUUUCCCAGUCUCGAGCACUCUCGCCACUUACGCAAAGCUUCCGCAAUGGCCGGCGUUAUCAAGAAGGCUACCGGAUUGACCGGAUUGCACGUGGCCAAGAAUCCGCACCACACGCUGACGGCGCUGUACAACAAGAUCCUGCGUGCCGUCUCGAAGAUGCCCCAGGAUGCGGCCUACCGACGCUACACCGAGCAGAUCGUAUCCGAGCGUGCCAAGGUGGUCGCCACGACUCCGAAUGUGCGUGAAAUCGAGCAAAAGAUCAACUGUGGCCAGGUGGAGGAGCUGAUCGUGCAGGCAGAAAACGAGCUGACGCUCGCGCGCAAGAUGCUCGGCUGGAAACCCUGGGAACCGCUGGCUAAGCAGGCACCGGCCAGCCAGUGGGCCUGGCCACCGGCGAACCUGCCCGAGCUGAAGUAAAUCUCGCCCCGCGGGUGUUCUUUCGUCCCUUUUCCACCACACCAAUAUUCUUCUCACAGAGACACACACUUGUAGGCAAUGCAAAAUCGGUUGUUUAGGGUCGCAUAUGGCGUGUAAAUAAAAAAAAAACAACAAAAGGCAACAACACGUGCGGCCAUAAGGAA